AACAGAUUCAUGAAGACAUCUGGGUUGGACAGAGAGACAGAAAAUGGACAGAAGAUGAGAGAAAGAAAAUGGAGAAAUCUGUUCUACUGACUGAUAAGUUUAAACUCAUUGCUCCCAGUGGAGAGUGGUAUAAUCCCUCUGCUGUCACUCUCUCAUGUCGUCUGUCUCCUGAAAUCAGUGCUGUUGACUUGGAGAUCCGGUGGUUUAAGGAGACAGACUGUGUUUGUGUUUAUAAGAACAGUAAGGUGACAGAGGGGAGAGGUUAUGAGGGCAGAGUGAGUCUGUUCACUCAGGAGCUGGAGAGAGGAAACGUCUCCUUACAGCUGAGAAACUGUACAGAGUCAGAUGAUGGAUAUUACCUCUGUCAGGUCACUGAUGGAGACAGAACAGAAGAGAUUACAGUAUAUAUGACUGUCCUGCGUUUGGGUCCGUUUUUAUCCCGCGUUCGCUGACAGAAGGAUUCCGCCAGACCAGGACCCAGCAGGACAGCUUCAGCCUGGACCGGCCGCUUGGGAGCAUUUAUUAUUUUUUUUUAUUGGAUUUUUUUUUCCCUGGACUUUGCGGGUUUUGGUGACAUCGGUCCGCAUUUUUUCGGUGGGGGACGCCGCUCCGCUCCACUUCCUGGUUGCGGGCCGUGUCACCAGCCCGAGUUUUGUUUUGUUUUUUCGGUGUCCUCUGACAUCGCCCCGCAUCUGUCCGGUGGGGGGCGUCGCUUCACAUCCGGUUUCCGUGGAGGACGCCGCCCCGCUUCCUGUCCGCGGGGGGUGUUGCAGGCCUGUGUUUUGCCCACUGGAGUUUUUUUCUGUUCUGUGGAGGUUUUGUUUUUUCCCUGCCCUCCCUCCCCUUUUCCUGGUUCUGAGAGGU